AAGCAGCGGAGCAAGAGAGAGGCGGGCGCGGCGGGUGCGCGCCAGGGGCACCACCUCCUCCCCGGGCAGCGCGGCGCAUGGCAGCGGUUUGGGGAAAGUGACACUUUGCGGCGCGGGAGGACGAAGCGGCGGCCUCGAGCCCACGGCAGCUUCGGGGACGCGGUCGCGGGCGGGAGGGUUGUGGAAGAAGGCGACCAUGAGCGACGCGCCGGGGCGAUGCUUCCCGGGGAACUUUUGACUAUGGUGAGGAGGAGCUGCUUCUUGGCGACGCGGGGCGCGCGCUGCUGUUCGGGUCGUCGGCAGGAAUUGGGGCGAGGGGGCUCUCGAGCUGCUGCUGUCUGCGCGCUGAGGAGGAGAAAACCCCUACUGCUCAUGCCAUGAAGGAAGAGAAUUUUCUUCGGCGCAGGUUCUCGCUCUGCCCUGCCUCAUCCACUCCUCAGAAAAUAGAUCCUCACAAGCUGACCCGGAACCUGUUUUUUGGGACCGAUAAUGAGAUCUACCCAAUCAGCCCAGGGAAGGAUAUGGAAGGAAACAGUUUGCCCAUGAUGAAGGAUGAGAUUCCUCCGACGCCAAACUCUAUUAAUAAGAUUGAAUACAAAUUUUGCAAUGGGUCUGAUAAAGAGUGUGUAUCUCCCAAUGGCAAAAGCAACAAGAAGGAGACUUUGAAGGUACAGAAGAAGAAUUACAGGCAGGAAAAGAAAAGAGCAACCAAGCAACUCUUCAGUGCUUUGAAAGAUCCCAGUGUGGUCAUUAUGGCAGAUUGGCUGAAGAUUCGUGGGACUCUGAAAAGCUGGACAAAGUUGUGGUGUGUGCUGAAACCCGGAGUCCUGCUGAUCUACAAAACACCAAAGGUCGGGCAGUGGGUGGGCACCAUCUUGCUUCAUUCCUGUGAGCUGAUUGAGAGACCCUCCAAAAAGGACGGCUUCUGUUUCAAACUUUUUCACCCGCUGGAUCAGUCCAUUUGGGCUGUGAAGGGUCCAAAGGGAGAGAAUGUAGGCUCAAUCACACAGCCUCUUCCAAGCAGCUACUUGAUCUUCAGGGCAGCUUCCGAAUCAGAUGGCCGGUGUUGGUUGGAUGCUCUGGAAUUGGCCUUGCGCUGUUCAAGCCUCUUCAGGCUGAGUGCAUCCAAGCAAGGGAAAGAUGGAGAGUUGAAUUGCUCGGCUGAUUCUUCGCAUGCUGGCCUGUACAACCUACUGCACACUGCUACCAUCUCGGAUCAGGAACUUUUUCACUUUAAUGAGUCAGCUCUGGAGAACCACCACCUAGAGAAUGAUGCUUUCUCAGACAAAUCUGAAAGGGACAAUAUAGAAGAGUCUGAGAACGAAAUGCAUGAGAACAGCCGGAAGACGAACGAAAGUGAGAGCGAUCAGUCCGAACUCCACGGGGAGUCGUCUCAGGAAAAGAAAGGGACCACCUACUUGGAGCAGAACUAUGAAGAAUUUGGAGAGACUGGUGAAUGCUCUCAAACAGAAACGGUGUCCGAUGAAAACAAGAGCUUGAUGUGGAUCAUCCUGAAGCAGCUGAGGCCUGGCAUGGACUUGUCCCGCGUUGUUCUUCCCACCUUCAUCUUGGAGCCGCGCUCCUUCCUCAACAAGCUUUCCGAUUAUUACUACCACGCCGACCUACUUUCCCAAGCUGCUCUUGAAGAAGACCCAUAUUGUCGAAUCAAGCAAGUCUUGAGAUGGUACCUAUCAGGCUUUUAUAAGAAGCCAAAGGGAAUAAAAAAGCCAUACAAUCCCAUUUUGGGAGAGACCUUUCGUUGCUGUUGGUUUCAUCCACAGACAAACAGUCACACAUUUUACAUAGCUGAACAGGUUUCUCAUCAUCCUCCUGUAUCAGCCUUUCAUGUCAGUAACAGGAAGGAUGGUUUCUGUAUAAAUGGCAGCAUUCUAGCCAAAUCUAAGUUUUAUGGUAAUUCACUUUCGGCAUUGCUGGAUGGACAAGCAAAACUUACCUUUCUAAGCAGCGGGGAGGAGUACAUCAUUACUAUGCCAUACGCACAUUGCAAAGGGAUUCUGUAUGGUACCAUGACAAUGGAGCUUGGGGGGAAAGUUACCAUUGACUGUGAGAAAAGCAAUCAUCGGGCAGAACUGGAAUUCAAAUUAAAGCCAUUCUUUGGUGGCAGCACAUGUAUUAAUCAAAUCUCGGGGAAGAUUAAAUCAGGAGAAGAAGUGCUGGCGAGUCUCGAUGGACACUGGGAUGGAGAGGUUUAUAUAAAUGACCUGAAAAAUGGCAGCACAGAUAUUUUCUGGAAUCCAACCAGUGAGGUCCGAAAGCAGAGACUGAAGCGUCACAUUGUGCUAUUUGAAGAGCAAACAGAGUUUGAAUCUGAAAGGCUCUGGCAGCACGUAACCAGUGCAAUCAACAAAGGAGACCAGAACAAGGCAACACAAGAAAAAUUUGUGUUGGAAGAGGAGCAGCGGAAUGCAGCGCGGGAGCGGAAGGACAACGGGACAGAGUGGAAGCCUCUGCUCUUCUGGCAUGAUCCUGCCACGAACGAAUGGCACUACAAAUAUGAAGAUUUGCGGCCCUGGGACCCUUUGAAUGACAUUGCCCAGUACGAGAAGGAUGGCAUACUUCAAACCAUGCAGAGGCACUUAUCCAAUCGAAUGUCAACUCACAAAAACAUGUGCAACAGCAGCCAAGUUGCACGGCACAAGAGGUCUGCAAAUGAUUGUAGACGGCGUAAAGCCAGCGAUCAACCGUCCAACAACAGUCAGAACACUGAAAGUAGCUGUUCAACACCAGAGUCUGUACAGGAACUUUCAGAUGAUGACAGCUUCGAAAGUCCGGGUGCUCAGUGUGGGAAAGAAAUCGACCCUUUGAAAGAAAUUCACACUGCUGUCUUAUCCCUCCAGAGAGCCCAACAGGAGAUACACAGAAACCUCACUGCUCUGAACAAAAAGUCACUCUACGGGAGGGCCUCGUCGGAAAACCUCUUCCUGGACUCUCGCUGUUGGUUUCUUCUGUGCAUCUUUCUAACAUGUCAGCUCUUCAUUAAUUAUGUGUUCAAAUAAAAAGCACUGCAUUUGGCAGCAAUAACAAGUGACCAGCUGCAGGAAUGGGGAGACUUAAUUGCAAGGAGCCCACUGGGGCACCAAGCACUUUAAUACCUACGCAGUCGGGGGCAAGAGGAAGCGAGAACAAGGUUAACCAGAGAGCCUGCAGAGUUUUGUUCUUCAGAUUAAUGUCAUUGCCUUUUUACAUGUACAUCUACAAGGACCUCUUUACCUGUAUGGGCCUUAAUGCUAAAGCCAAAUGUAGCUUUAAUUGUGCAAUUUUGUUUUCUAUGUUUUGUCAUUUUCUGAGACAACUAAGAUUUACCAACCAGUAUUUGGUGCCCCCAUUAACACUUCUACACAUCUACUUGGUUUUAUAAAACGAUUCCUAGUGUCUUGUUUUAUAGCUCUUCUGUGGGUGGGAGAAGGGCGUUUUGCCAUCCAUCAAGAUGCCUUUUGAUAAAUUUCGCAUAUGGAAGGGAACAUUAGGUACCCAUGUGAAAAUUGAACCAACUUGGGUUAUCGAUAGCACAGCUUCUCCUUGGGUCUUCUAAUCAGUGCUCUCACAUGCCAAAACCCUACAAACAGCACAUCCCACUCCAUCCCACCAAGAUUGUAAAUAUACACGAUUUCUUAAAUCCUGCCCUUCUAAGAAAUAUGAGGCCACCCACACAAAAACAUUGUAUAAAGGAAUGCCUCCAAAAUGUACCAUUAUUCCAUGAUGGGUGGAAGAAGAUGGGUGUAGAAGCACUUCUGUAUAUAGGUAAUUUCAUAUGUCACAAAUUCACUACAGUUCUGGGGUUCACUGGGCUUAUUUUGUGACACGGGAGACAUUUUGUCCAUUGAUGAAUACAGGGUAGUUACGUGAGCAGGUGCAAGCAAUUGCUCCUGCACUUUUCUGAAGUGAUCACUUGCAACAGUUGGUUCAUCUUCCUUGUGCUGUACAUCAAGGGACAACUGUUUCUGAGUAUCACAGAGAGACCUCCUUUCCAGUAUAGGACUGAUCCUGUGAUUGUGAGAAGGCACCCUGUGUAUAUUGUUUGCUCUUAGGUACAUUUAAAGGUUAAAGGUCAGGAAUAGUAAGGGUUUGCCACUGCAUCCUCCAAAUCUGUUGAUAGUCUUCCUAUUUUUACACCAUUUUUAAAAGAUUUGCAAUAUUUUAUGUAGACUUGCAGUCAGUACUAAGCCUUUUUUCUGGCCUGAAAUAGUUCCAAGUGGUAAGUACUGCUAUAUAUAUAUAUAAAGAUAUUAUAUAUAUAAAUAUAUAUAUACAGCCUUAAAAUAUCUAGUGGUGGUGCCAGUCUGGGCUAACUUUCAAUGUAAAUGUUUCCAGAUUUUUAACUACAUUCCUUGUGAUGUUCCCCAUUAGGGGAAAACUUGUUUGUGCUUGAUACAUUGAAAUAAAUUACACAACUUUCACUUAUCA